AAACAUUCACUUGGCUUUUGUGCAAGAGUUGCAAAUAACUGAUGCCACGCCUUUCGCGACCCGAGCCAACAAAACACAUUUUUGAAAAUAAAAAGUUGUUUUGAUGUGUGCAGUCAGUGUUGCGCAGGGAAGUGGCAAAUUAUAAAACUGCAACGAGGGGGUAGAGUUCAGCGUCAGUGGCCUGGGUUUAGAGUCAGCAGGUUAGAGCUGAUUCUACCCGCUGAAGGGAAGGGGAAUGGCGUUAGCGCGGACUCUGGUAUCUGCUUCUUGGCUGAACAAGGCGAUAAGCAGCGCUAAGGCCGGGCCGCUGCGGGUCCUGGACUCCUCCUGGUACCUCCCGAAGUUGCAGCGGGACGGCAAGAAGGAAUUCCAGGAGAAGCACAUCCCCGGCGCUACCUUCUUCGACUUGGACGAAUGCAGCGACCACUCCUCCCCUUACGAGCACAUGAUGCCCGGGCAGGAGCAUUUCUCCCGAUACGUGGGCAACCUGGGUAUCUGCAACGACACCCACGUCGUGAUCUACGACGCCAGCGAUUUCGGGAUCUUCUGUGCCCCCCGGGCCUGGUGGAUGUUCCGGGCCUUCGGUCACAGCCGAGUGUCGGUGCUGGACGGCGGCUUGCUCAACUGGUGCAGGGAGGGUUUCCCGGUGACUUCGGAACUGCAGGACUACACCGUGGCUGAGUACAAGGCAAACGCCAAACCCUGGGUUAAAACUUAUCAGGAGAUCCUGGACAACAUCCGGAGCAAACAGUUCCAGCUGGUGGAUGCCAGGUCCAAGGGCAGAUUCAAAGGCACCGAACCUGAACCCAGAGAAGGUAUUGAACCUGGGCACAUCCCUAACAGUACCAAUAUCCCCUUUAAUAUGUUCAUGGAUCCAGAGACUCUGAGGAUGAAGAGUGAAAAGGAGCUGCAGCGCUUGUUUGAGGAUCACAAUAUUGACCUGAAGAAACCACUGGUAGGGACCUGUGGCACCGGGAUCACUGCCUGCUUUGUCGCUCUUGGUGCCCACCUCUGUGGGAAAGAAGAUGUGAUGAUCUACGAUGGCUCCUGGCUAGAGUGGUUCGCACGAGCCGACCCCAAUCACAUUAUCUCAGAGAGAAAUGAGAAAAUCAAAUAGGUAGCACUGAAAUCAAUGUUUUAGAUUGUGCUGUUCCAGUAUCAAGAUUAGUAGAUAAUUUGGGAGUUCUAUUUGAGUAGCCAAGGAGUCUACCUUUUAUGAUGUUGGAGGUAGGAUGAGGAUAUCAAUUAAAAUCAAGCAACUACUUCAAAGGUUCAAUCUAUUCCCUGUUAGAAGGGUUCUCUGGGCACUUAGCAAGUGUUCUUCUGUGUAUACAUGGCAACAGUCAAUGGCCCUGUUUUGUAAUGUUGCUUCAGUCAUAAUUGUAUAUUUCUCAAGUGAUGAUUUGCCUGGAGACUCAAUCUUUUUCACAAGAUGCAGAAGGGUGGUCUAGAACAGCUUUAAGUGCUGAGUCAGUGAUAGAAUGUUGGAGUGAGAUGCCUGACCAUGAAGGGAAAUGAAUCCAUUUCUCGGUAAGGUUUGGCACCUUCCAGAAUCAUUCACAGUUUUGUUUCUUGCCAUGUUUGUUUGAAGCACUAUGUUGUUAUUUCCUGAAGAUGCUAGACGUGCUGAAGCUGAGUGUCCGCUGAAUUUCAAAAUGCUUCUCAGUGAUUUCCUCCUUGAAUGCAGUGACUGCUCUGUGUGUAGCCAAGAUUUCAAUGUGAGACCAGAUGACUUUUGAUGAAUAUUGGAUGCCAGAAGUUGAAAUAUGAGUCUGGCAUAUCUUCCCUUUCUAAGUGAAAUUGUUUGUUAUCGAGUCAAAGUUCCCUUUGUUAUUAACAUUGUAAACUGUAAACUGUCUCAGCCUAUGUUAAUAGGACGUCACUUGUGGGUCAGAAGUUAGUUUACUUAUGCUGCAUCCAACUGUGUGAGAGAAAUGACGGGUAAAUCUCUGUUCUAUUCCUUAUCUAAGCCACGCAACUGAAAAUUCAAAACAUUUCCCCUCAGCAAGGAAGAAAUAUAGUAGAGAGGAAUAACACUUCGAUAAACUCUGCAUCCUAACCAGACUUGCUGUAUAGAAACUGAGACUAUUUUCAGGGCAAGUGUGUAUCUAAUCUCCAGUUCCAAGUUGUUAAAUUGGAAAUAAGUUGACAGUAAAGCUGGUCUUAAUUGCUGAAUAAGUAGCAUCCGUGUUAAAUCCAAAGUUUGCAUGCAGUGACCAAUUCCUGACAUUGCAAUGAAACCUGGUUCUUUCAAUAGCAUUCUGAAUAUUUUCCAGCAGCAUGUUCUGGCUGGUUAUCCAUCUUUGUAUACCUAAUACAUACCAAAUGUGCCUCUGACCUUCUCAGUUUUCCACACAGGCCAAGUGUGCUGUAAUGUAGAUUUAUAGUAUAAAUUGGAAAAGGAGAUGGAACAUUAUGCAAAAAAAGCCUUCCUUGUACACCUCACUGUGAUUAAAAGAAAUAAUGCUACAGGCGUUGGCAAAUCAAUACCAAGGUAAUCUAAUUUGCUGCUGUAACAAUCUUCCCUCUGGCUACUUGAAAUGUUUAAUUAAAAGCUUGAGUUUUGAAGGAUUUGUGUGAGACAAAUAUGUCCAGAUUACUUUCAAGAGAACCUUAAUUAAGAUGAAUAUUCAAAGAGGGAAUGAGGGCAUUAGUGUUACUGCAUAAAUUUGAUGAAUUGUUUAAUGUGUACCUGAAAAUAGAAAGUAGAUAAGAUACAAUGAGAAGUCAAACAAUCUGAAGAAUUCAAUUAGUCUGUAACAGACAACCAACUGAGUUUGCAGCAACACUAUAGGGCUCAGUGUUGUGGCUUUCUUCCCAUGAGUUUUCAGUGCUACACUCUACAUUCAAAAGUAUCAAUUGCGUGUGUCUGGAAAUUCCUCUGUAAUGUGGACAAAGAAAAUAGAUAGUGGAAUUUCUGCCAAUGACGUCCACCUUCUUGGUUAGCUGGCUUGGUUGUGGGUUCAAGUCCACAUCAAAAACUUCCAGAAUAAAAUCUAGACUGACUCUACAAUGCAGCAUCCAAGGAGUGCUGCACUGCCAGAAAUACCCUGUCUCUAGUGAGACAUUAAACCAAGGCCUUGAAUACAGUCUCAGAUCAAAGCAAGAGGAAAAUAAACAACAUUAGAGCUUCAGGUCAUUAACUUUCCACUGAAAGGAGUGUUAAUACUUUUUUGUAGGUUAAUUGCUAAUUGUGUCCCUGACCCAAUGAAUGCCAAUUGUAAUCAUUUCAAUAAAAUUAAUUCAGUUGA